GCCGGGGGAGCCGGGCCCGAGGGGUGUGUGUCUGUUUCGCCCUUUUCUUCCGCAGCUUCUGCCAUGAGGGCGCAAAAAGGCGGGCGGCUCCUCUCCCCGCCUCGGUGCCCUUCCCCGCGCGCCUAACUUUCCCCGGGCAACUUUCCCAGGCAUGGGGGCGCCCGGCCGGGAGCUGCAGGGAGGCGCUUCCUCCGCAGGGGCGAUCCGGCUGCUCCUGGCGCUCGGCUGCUACCUGCGGGCGGCUCUGCCUUACAACCUGGACACGCUGAGCGCCCAGGUCUACCAGGGGCCCGACGGCGCCUUGUUCGGCUACUCGGUGCUGCUGCACAGCCACGGCCCCAGCAGAUGGCUUGUUGUGGGGGCUCCGAAAGCCAACUGGUCUACAAACAGCUCGGUGGUGAACCCAGGUGCGAUUUUCAAAUGCCAAAUUGGGAGGAAUCCCAAGAGGGACUGUGACCUGUUCCAAGUGGGUCACCCAAGUGGAGAAUGGUGUGGAAAGAGGUGUGUGGAAGAACGAGACAAUCAGUGGCUUGGAGUUAGUUUGUCAAGGCAGCCUGGAGAAAAUGGAUCUAUUGUUGUUUGUGGCCAUCGAUGGAAAAAUAUCUACCAUAUGAAAAAUAAUGACAAACUUCCUCACGGCAUUUGCUAUGAAAUACCUUCUGAUUUUCGGACAUUGUUGAGUCAAAGAAUAUGUCCUUGUUAUCGGGAUGCCCUGCAAAGAUUCGGAGAAAAACAUGGAGCAUGCCAGGUUGGAAUACAUACAUUUUACAUAGAGGAUUUAAUUAUUAUGGGAGCUCCGGGAUCAACUUAUUGGACUGGCUCCAUCUUUGUAUACAACAAAACAGCAAAUACCUUUCUCCCGUAUGUGGAUGCAGAUAAUCAAGUAAAGUUUGGAAGUUAUUUAGGGUAUGCCGUCGGAGCAGGCCGGUUCCUCUCUCCAAACAGUGUGGAAAUAGUUGGAGGUGCUCCCCAACAGGAACAGACUGGUAAAGCAUAUAUUUUUAAACUGGAGACAAGUCUACCCAUUUUGACGGAACUGGAGGGUAAAAAGCUUGGUUCUUAUUUUGGAGCAGCUGUCUGUGCAGUGGAUCUCAACGGGGAUGGCCUCUCGGACUUACUGGUGGGUGCCCCAAUGCACAGUGAGCUCAGAGAAGAAGGAAGGGUUUAUGUAUACAUGAACUCAGGCUCCGAAUCGAAGAUGAUAGAACUGGACAUAGCAUUGGCUGGGAGUGACUUGUAUGCAGCAAGGUUCGGAGAAUCCAUUGCCAAUUUGGGAGACAUUGAUAAUGAUGGCUUUGAAGAUGUAGCCAUUGGGGCUCCACAGGAAAAUGAUUUAGAAGGGGCACUUUAUAUAUACAAUGGGAGAGAAGAUGGAAUAUCACCUACCUUCUCACAGAGAAUACAAGGCCACCAAAUCAGCAACUCAUUACGUAUGUUUGGUCAUUCUAUAUCUGGGAAUGUUGAUGUGGACAAUAAUGGAUAUUCUGAUGUAGCAAUUGGUGCUUUUCUGUCGGAUUCUGCUGUGCUACUCAGGACAAGAGCAGUAGUGAUUGUUAAAGCAUUCUUUGAGCACCCUCAUUCAGUAAAUCGAAGUAAAUUGGAAUGUGUGGAAAAUGGACAGCCAGCUGUGUGUGUGAAUUUGAAGAUCUGUUUUACCUAUCACGGCCGAGCUGCUCCGGGUCAUAUUGUAUUGCUUUAUAAUCUAAGCCUGGAUGUUAGCAGGAGGUCAGAAACCCCUGCAAGGUUUUAUUUUUCCUCUAAUGGAACGUCCGAAUUUAUCCCUGGAAGCAUUGAAAUUUACAACAAUAAUGUCACUUGCAGAGAUCACCCAGCGUUCAUGAGGAAAGAUGUAAGGGAUAUCCUGACUCCUAUACGUGUGGAAGCCACUUAUCACCUCGGACAUCAUGUUCUGAAAAGAAAAAGUGCCGAUGAACUCCCACCCCUCCAGCCUGUCCUUCAGCAAAGAAAAGAAGACAAUGUUGUGCACAGCAAGUUUGUUUUUGCAAGAUUUUGCACUCAAGAAAAUUGUUCUGCUGACUUGCGGGUUUCUGGAAACCUCGGACUUCCAAAGCCACACGAAAAGAAAUCUUAUCUUGCAGUUGGGAGUAUGAAAACGUUGAUGUUAAAUGUCACCUUGCACAAUGCGGGUGACGAUGCCUAUCAAACUGCCCUCCACAUCCAACUCCCUAAAGGUCUUUAUUUCAUCAAAAUUCUAGAGCUGGAAGAAAAGCAGAUACAUUGUGAAGUCUCAGAAAAGGAAAUUCAUGCCGUGAGACUUGACUGCAGUGUUGGAUAUUUAUAUGUAGAUCACCUGUCAAAGCUGGACUUUAGUUUUCUGCUGGAUGCGAGUUCACUUACAAGGGCAGGAGAUGACCUCAUCAUCAGCAUUAAUGCAACCUGUGAAAAUGAAGAAGAUGGGGACAUAUUGUUGGAUAACAGCCUAAAUUUAAUUUUGCCUCAGAAGUAUGAGGUGGAGCUGAAUGGUCAUGGGCUUGUAUCUCCAAUGUCAUUUGUUUAUGGACCUAGUGAAGAAAAUGUAGCGGUUACUUGCAUGAAAGAAAUGAUCAACUUUACUUUCCAUGUCAGUAAUCCUGGCCUAAGUCUGGCUCCUGAUGUGGCCUUGGAGAUACAGAUACCCAAUUCUAUUAUACCAAAAGACAUCCGGCUGUUCAACAUUUUUGAUGUUCAGACAACGGUUGGAAAAUGUGUCUACAAAAAUGAUAGAGAAUGCAUCUUGCCGGAGAAAAAUGAAAACAUACUGAAGGAUCUGAUUACUUUCCUUACAAAGCCUGACAAGAGGUUAUUGUACUGUAUGAAAAAUGACCCACUGUGCUUGCAAAUACUUUGCAACUUUGGAGACUUGGAAAGUGGGAAAGAAGCAACUGUUCAUGUCUAUCUAGAAGCCACCCCAUCACUGCUAAAUGAGGAUGCAGCUUCAGCACUUAAAUUUGAAGUGAGAGGCAAAGUUUCAUCGGGUCAGAAUCCUAAAGUUAUUGAACUACACAAAGACAAGCAAACUGCAUAUGUCAUUCUGGAAGGAUUGCACAACCGCAAAGCAAAAUGGAGUGUUAAAAUGUUGUUUAUUGGAUUUGGUUCAAUAGUUGGAGUUCUUUUGCUUCUGUUUCUUUCAUAUGUUUUAUGGAAGGUUGGCUUUUUCCAAAGAAAAUACAAACUUAUUCCUCAAGAAGAGAAUGGAAGACAAAGCAACCAAAUGGAAGACUAAGCAACCAAAUUUCCAGUGACAAUUAAAUAUUGUAGACAAUGAUCAGUUUUACCAAAGACAUUUACUACAAGACUGGACAGAUUCGAGUCUCAAAAUGCAUGUCAGAAUGUAUGAAGAAAAAUGGUAGAUAUGAUUGAGAGAUCAGCCUCUAGUUUUACAGGAACAUAAGCACAAAAAGACUGAACUGUUGAUUGCUAAGAAAGCACUAUGAAAUGCAAUGUCGUUUUAUACUUGAAGCACGAAGUCUUGAGACUGCCAUUCGAUUUCCCCCAUUUUCACAUUCUGCAUAGCUUUACUAGGCAGACGAUCGACAAGUCACGAAUGUAAGUAGCAAAAUAUUGUGGGCAAACUUGACAUAGCUGUAAAGAGUACCUCCAAUAUGUUUUUAGAAUGCAGUACAACAUGUUUUCAGUAUAUUUUUAUAUAAAAAUUAUCAAUAUUCCCUGGAGCAUGCCUGUACAGUAUGUACAGUGCUAAAUCUGACAGAUGUAGUUAUUCAUAGUUAAUAUGCAGCCUUUCAAACAUAUCUUUCAUACUAAAACACUGCAUGUUUCAUUCCUUAUAGAAGAGUUAAGUGUCGGUUUUACAAUUCUCAGAUGGUACUCAGCAAGCAAUGAUUUAGAUCUUCCAGUUUCAUAUGGUGUUCUAGUUUGUAAAAGAUCUCAAUAGUACAGCUCAGGGAGAAGGUAAAAUAUUGCACUUCAAGCCAAACACAUUUGAACAGAGGCCAAUUGUAUUGUCAAAGGCUUCAAAGUGUGAGGACUGAAAGGAAAAAAUGUGGUAAAAAGUGAUCUGGUGCUAUUUUAUUAAAUGUAUUUUUCCCUGCCCUGCAGCCGCCACUGGAAAAUGCCUAGCAUGCUAACCAACCUUGCCUCUUCAAUCCCACUGUGGAUAGAAAAAGGAAAUGGGAUGUCAACUGUGACUCACAGGCAGGGUCAUUAAUGGGAACACAUUUUUGUUCUGAUCCUGCUGGAUCGUAAUCACGUAAUUUCCGAAGCAACACGUCUGUGUUGAUAUGCCUAUCUGAAUGAUAAACGGUGUGUGCUGAGGUUCCAACAACCGGUCUAUGUCUCCAAAGCCAAACAAACAAGCAAGCAGUUGGACCUAACAGCUGUGGAGGAAAAAAAAGUGAGGUGUUUGUGGAUGAUGGUGAUAGGUUUAGCCUACCCUACAGGGUCUUUCCCAUCAGAUGAAACAAUAGGCUGUGAAAGCUGUGUUAAAUCUGAGUAGAAUCAGUGCAACUUUUUAAUUAAAACAUUUGGUUAUGGUUCCAGAAUGAAUAACAAUUAGAUUUCUAUGUAAGUAGUUCCUUCUUAAUUUUUUUUGACAAACAAGUGAAAUAAAAAUAUUUACAAUAGUAGGAGAUGCUGCUGGUCCCAAGUCUUGAGUCCAGAGAGAAGGCUGGAUUUAAACACACAAAAUAACAAAAAAAUUCAACUGCUGUACUAAAAUAUUGUCUGCUCAAAUAAAAUUACCAUUACAUAUA